AUGGCCUCUCAGAGAAGACACUCUGGCUCGACCAGUAUCCUUCCACCGCCUCCAUUCCCGCUCGACCAUUCCCAAAGAAAUUCCCCUCUAUCGCACCGCGCACACUGCCGCGCACACUGCUGGUCGCACUGCAGCCUCGUACAGACCCGCCGGGAAUCGCGAACUUGUUUUGCCCUCCUCGUGUUGCUCGUCUCGCUAUCCGCAGCGCCGCUGCUCCGCCCGACCCACGCCUCCCCCCCCGAUGUCUCCGCGCUCUACAUCGUCCGCCUCCGUUCCGCGCCGCCCGUCGCGUCGUACCGCGGCGGAAUUCCUGGCUACCCGGCAACGGCCGUCUGGGACAGCGACCCUAACGGCAACGCGACAGACGCGACGGCAGACGACACCACCGCCGGUUCCAGUGCCGUUAGCGCCGCUUCUGUUUCCUCCUCCUCCUCCGCCGCCGCUGGCGCGGCUACUACCAGCGGUUUAGGAUCGUGGCUUGGCCGUCGGCUGCGGCGGCCGCGGGUGAACGUGAGGGCGCCGGGGGUGAGGGCGUUCAAGCAGCUGCUGCAGCGCAUGCAGCAGGCCGUGCUGAGAGACAGCGGGGUGGAUGCUGGGAAGAUGAUUUACAGCUACAAGCACGCGUCAAACGGUUUCUCAGCGACGCUCACGGCAGCGCAGGUGCAGCGGAUGAGGCGGCACCCCUCUGUGGCGUCCGUGACGCAGGCGCGCGUGCUGCGCCCCGCCACCACCGACUCGUACAAGUUCCUCGGCCUGCCUGGGUCAUUGUGGGCCGCUGCCGGCGGGCCCAGCAGCGCGGGGGACGGCACGGUGAUUGGCAUCGUGGACACCGGCAUAUGGCCCGAACACACCUCCUUCGAUGACACGGGCUACAGCAGCACGCUCCCUGCCGGGUGGGCGGGCACGUGUCCCACUACAAGCGACUUCGCUUGUAACAACAAGAUCAUCGGAGGGGGGAUCUUCCACGCGGGGUUUGAGAGCGGCGGCACCACCCUCGACCUCUCGGGUGACUGGAACUCGCCACGUGAUGCUGCUGGCCAUGGCACGUGGUGUGCGGGGGCAGCAGCAGGCAACAACAACGUGCCGAUUCCCAACACGGGAACAGCCAGUGGCAUGGCCCCGGGGGCGCGCCUGGCCAUUUAUAAGGUCUUCUGGCAGACAAACGGAUAUAUGUACGCCACCAGCCCAGACAUCUUCUCAGCCGUUGAUCAGGCCGUCGCUGACGGUGUGGAUGUGCUGAGCCUGUCGCUGGGCGGCGCCAGUCCCACCGACACCUACUUUGACGACGUGCCCUUCAUCAGCGUCCACGCGGUGAGUGGCAAUGCGGUGAGUGGCCGUGGCAUGGCAACACUGGGUGGCAACACUGUGGGUGGCAACACUGUGGGUGGCAACACUGUGGGUGGCAACACUGUGAGUGGCAACACUGUGGGUCGCAACACUGUGGGUCGCAACACUGUGGGUGGCAACACUGUGGGUGGCAACACUGUGGGUGGCAACACUGUGGGUGGCAACACUGUGGGUGGCAACACUGUGAGUGGCAACACUGUGGGUGGCAACACUGUGGGUGGCAACACUGUGGGUGGCAACACUGUGGGUGGCAACACUGUGGGUGGCAACACUGUGGGUGGCAACACUGUGGGUGGCAACACUGUGAGUGGCAACACUGUGGGUGGCAACACUGUGGGUGGCAACACUGCGGGGGUGUUUGUGGCCUUUGCAGCGGGCAACGAGGGCCGCCCAUCCGCAUUCGCAGCCACGGGCUAUCGCACGCUCUGCAACUUCUCGCCCUACUACAUGACUGUGGGCGCCAGCUCCAUCUCUCGCAACAGUGCAUCCAUCUCGUCCACAACAGCAGCAGCAACAUCUGCAUCAGCUGCCUCGACCCUCGAAACUCCAUUUAACACCACCACUCCCACAGCCCUCGCAGCACCCACCACAGUGUCAACCCUCAAUGGGGCGCGCAUCCCAGCCAGCAUCUCCCCAGCAGCCACCGCCGCCCCUGUAGUCGCCUACUUCUCCUCCACCGGCCCACUCGCCAAGCCCUCAGUCGCCACACCAGCAGCCUACCCCUCCAACACCAUCCUCAAGCCCGACAUCAUCGCCCCGGGCGUUCAGCUCUACGCUGCUGCCCCAGGCAUGACUGUCGGCUCUUCGGGAGGGUUCCAAGCGCUGUCAGGGACGUCCAUGGCUACUCCGCACAUCGCUGGCAUUGCUGCUCUGAUCAUCCAGCAGCAUCCUGAUUGGACGCCCUCGCAGAUCAUGUCAGCCAUGAUGACUACAGCGCGGACUACUAAUACCGGUAACGGGGCGAUUAAAAACGAGUACGGGGCUGCUGCGUCGCCGUGGGAGAUUGGAGCAGGGCAUGUGGUGCCUGCUAGGGUGGUUAACCCUGGGUUAACCUACGAUGCCGGGGAGCAGGACUUCAAAAACUUUCUCGCUGGGCAGAAUUAUAACCGGGCGAAGGGUGAGUUCGGCACAGCUUCCCUCAGAGCUGUUUCCGCAAAGAAUCUGAACCGGCCAGCCAUCUCGCUGCCCAAGGUGCACAACAAGGCUUCAGUCACUCGGACUGUUACUAAUGUCGCGGAUACCACGUCGACAUAUACUGUGAAGAUCAAGAAACCUGCCGGAGUGAAGGUGAAAGUGUCACCGUCAAGGUUUACGAUCGCACCCGGGCAACGAAAGACGUACACGGUGACUGUGGUGGUGAAGUGGGCUUCACAGUCGUUCAAGUUCGGCAGCCUCACGUGGGUGGACAACAAGGGGCACUCCGUGCGGUCUGUGCUGGCCGUGCAGCCGAGUAGUGCAUGCUGGUUUGGUUGCUAA